AUGGACUAUUCUUUGAUGCUGGCCGCGCUUUCCAGCCUCUUCUGGGUCGGAUCAGCAUUCGAACCAAUGGUGUACUGGGCCAUACACCCCGGGCAACGUUACGGACUUGCAUCAAUCGAGAUCACCGUCGACUUCGAGGCAUGCGACGCUAUAUGCGCCCACUACGGGAAAUCCCUGCCGUGCCACGCCUUCAACUUCAGGGAAUCGGAUGGCACCUGUCAGCUGGUUUACGAGGGUGGGGGACAGCUCGUCCCUGCGGAAGGGUUCCAUGCGUUUCUCAAAUGUGAGUAG